ACAUAGCUGUCAAACUAUUUGUCGGCGGUAAUCGGAUCGGAAAGGCGAAAAGGGUGAUUUUUUUUUAGCGACUCCAGGCGAAAAACUGCCAAAGUGGUCUUGUGUUUGGUACGGAGUUAUAACGUUUAUAACAUACCUUAUUUUUUCAAGAAGCAACCGCAGCAUCAGCGAUACGCGGCAAUUGCGAGUAAAGUGUAAUCAUUCGCGUUUGGAAGUGGCGUUUUCAGACGUCUGUGCGUAGAAGAGCAGCUUGAAGGGUACGGUAGGAUUGCAGCGCCAGAGAUAGAACCGAACGCUCCGUUUUAUCGCCGCGUAAACAAACUUUGCCACAAGCAGCAGCACGAUGGUGGCGUCCAAAAAAUCUUUCGAGGUUGGCGAUUUGGUGUUCGCCAAAGUAAAGGGCUACCCGCCCUGGCCCGCGAAGAUCACGCUUAUUGACAAAAACAAACAUGAAGUCUACUACUAUGGAACGGGCGAAACCGGUAAGGUCAAGAAGGAGGAUCUCUAUCCCUACGAAACUUCGAAGGGGAAGUUCGUUACGGAGAAAAUCAUGAAACGGAAGGGCUUUAAAGAGGCAAUGAUGCAGAUUGAAUCUGCCAUGAGCGGCGAUGAUCCGAGUCCCUUAAGUCUCGCAUUUGACGUUGCGGCUGUACAGUCGGGUAUGGAUGAUAUGAUGGAAUCUCAGCAAACGUCACUUUCCGCUGCUGAGACCACCUUCAAUGAGUCACACGUGUCGGCAAACUCAACCGCCUACAACGUUAGCAAAGUGAAGCUCGAAGCGUUAGCCAAUGAUAACGCUAGCACACCACAGACCGCCGUACCGCACACAAAAGCAAACGCAAAGGCAAGCACCGCCACCAAGAAAGCAACUGCUGCGGUCAUAGCUACAACGAAUAAUGGUUCGCAAAAGAAAGUGUUCGAUUCAUCAGCCUCGCUGCAGGACACCAGUGGAGCAAACGACACGAAGGAAAUCGUCAGCCAAAGAGGUAGAAAAAUCAAGCAGAAACGAUUUUUAGAUGGUGACGAUGAGGAAGCCAGCUCUACCGGGGCUUCACCGCCGAAAAAGAAAGUAAUGAAAACCACCAAAACGCCCUUGUCUACUACACCCGGCGCAGCAAAGAAACUGGAUGCUUUUGACAAAAUUGCUGACGAGCGAUUAUUUGUACUGAAGCUCGAACGACAAUUGGUGGAACUGAAUCUGGAAAUAAAAUCGUCGGUGAAACUGAAUGGCGCCGAUCCGGAACGAUGCGUAAAGCUGAUGGAACAAUAUGAAAAUUUAAGCGUUACAUCAACGAUCUUGAAGAAAAAUCCAAACUGUGUUGAAACGAUGAAAAGGUUACGGAAAUACGUCGGCAACGCAAAAGCGUGGAAGCUGGACGAUAAGCAAAAACUUAAAUUUGAUUUCCAAGCGCAGCUAAUACGACAAAAGGCAGAACAGAUAUAUGCCCGCUUUAAGGAUAUUUUGGGAAUGUCAGAGUGUGAAAUGCCUUUUUGGGAUUGGUUUGUACAGGAGGUCAACAAGUUCGAGCAAGCCACGCAGCAUUUGACCCAGGAAGAGCUGUAUCUGCUCGUUGACGAGAAAGAACUGGAAGGCAUCAACAAACAAAACAGUUCCGACACGAACGCCGCAAUGCAUGAAGUGAAGGAGACGAAACCCAACAAAAUGGCUGAUGAAACCGAAGGUGCGGACGAAGGUUUCGAUCCGGAGGCUACGGCACCUGAAGAAAGUACGACAAAUGUGGGCGAAUAGAGGGCACGGUUCUUAUUAUCAGCUAAUAUUACUACUACUACUACACCCGAGCUGACCCCCCCUAUCCCCGUGCUCCGUCACGUGCUACAUUUGUUUGUCAGUAAUAGUUUAUGGUGGUCUUUUUUUUAAAUAGGUGAUUCGAAUGUGCAUUCGGUUGAUUUAUCUUACUCAUCUUUUUUUUUACGCAAAUAGAUAUCUACGGAUUUUGUUUCCGUAGAUUUUAUUUUUUUUAGUGUGUGAACAGUUAAAAAACUGAAGAUUUUUUUUGCUAGUUCUUUUGCCCUCUUUUACCCCCAACACCAUAAACUUUAUUGUUUUAAGUAUUUUUAAUAUUCAUACUUUGCUAAUCGUCAUAAGUUUGAGUAUAAACAAUCGUUAAAAGAAUUAUUCUGUUGCUGCUGCUGCUGCUGCUGCUCGUCGAAAACUGUGAAGUUCUAAGAGCAUGCAACGGGCUCGUAACUCGGCUUAUUAAACUGUGUACAAUAGGAAAUAAAGUACGGCACACUACACACACACACACACACGAACGAGAAAGUCAAGCUUGUACGGAAAUGGAUGUAACGUUACACACAUAUAGCGCCAACCUCAAAAACCAAGCAAACAAAACAAUGACAACCCCUCAAACCAAGAGCAACAGUAAAGCAAUGUAAUUUGAAGUACGAACAGAUAUCAUCAACCGGAAAGCCAACCAAGUUUAGCUAGCUAGCGAUGGAAUAAUGACUGCGGCAUAUAUGGAUGAUCUGGAAUGUUAAACGAAGAGGAGUAAAGCAGCAAGUCGUUCAGAGUUCAAGUUGCUUACUUUUGCUUUGGGCAGAACAAACCCCAGGCCAUCAAUGGAUUAUCUCUAGAGCGACGCGACGAGAUAAAAGUUUUCAUUCGGAAAUAAAAAUGGAUAAGCAGAAGGAUUUUGCUUGAGCGAA